UCUGACAGCCGUUUAGAUCAGCUAGUGUUUGACUGACUGACUCUCUGGCUGGACGCACUGACAGCCAGUCCUGCUGCAUCGUCAGCUAUCCUUUAGUUUCUGCAGUGGCCCGGGAUCGGUCCUUAGUGAUUUCACUGCCUUGACCACAUAAACCUUUUACAGCGGGAAUCCACUUAAAGCUUUUGGAGUUUUCUUGUGAACCGUCAAGGAGGACUAAAGACAUAUUUCAAGCCAGGACAGGAUACUGAACAGGGACCUAAAGGGAAUCAGGUGGGACCCAUCAGUGACUCGCGACCCACUGGUUUGGGAAUCAUUCAUUGACUGGACGUAAGGCAGGACCUUGGGCCACCAGGCCUAUCUCUUCUCUCCUCUCUUUCCUUCAGCCCGUGGAGUAACUGGGCCUCAGGAUGGAGUGCAUAAAGCACAUUAUAAAGAGCAUGGUCUCUGUGAAGGUUUGGGCGUACAUCAAGGGCUACUGUAAACGCAAUGGGUUGCUGACGCUCUCGGUCAUCGCCGUGGUUUCUGGCUGUGUGCUCGGAUUCUCCCUCCGCAGCUUCAACCUCUCCACGCAGGCUAAGAUCUACUUCUCAUUCCCUGGAGAACUGCUGAUGAGGAUGUUGAAGAUGCUGAUCCUGCCUCUCAUCACGUCCAGUCUGAUGUCGGGGCUGUCAGCCAUGGACACUAAGGCCAGUGGGCGGCUGGGGGUGCUAACCAUCACUUACUACCUGUGGACCACCUUCAUCGCUGUCAUCGUCGGCAUCAUCCUGGUGCUGGUCAUCCACCCUGGUACGGGCACAGAGAAGGACGGGCACAGAGCAGGGUCAGGGCCCGUUAUGACUUCUGCUGAUGCUCUGCUGGACCUCAUCAGGAACAUGAUUCCCUCCAAUCUGAUAGAGGCAACUUUUCAACAGUACCGUACAGACCUGGUCCCCAUAGUGGCCUCAAGUUUGGUGGAGUCCCAGGCCAACUACGUCUACGUGAUGCCCGACCACAAUAACCCUCAGCUGGGCCACCCUGUCUUCCUGGAGAUCACCCCAGCUCCAGACAUCAAGUACAAGAUCGUCCCUGGCCACAGCUCUGGCAUGAACGUACUGGGGAUUGUCAUCUUCUCUGCUACUAUGGGCCUGCUCCUGGGGAAGAUGGGCGAGAGAGGCGCUCCAUUGGUCAAUGUGUGUCAGUGUGUCAACGAGUGUGUUAUGAAGAUCAUCAAUGCUGCCAUGUGGUAUUUCCCUUUCGGCAUUGUGUUCCUGGUAGCAGGGAAGAUCCUGGACAUGCAUGACCCCGCCCACCUGGGAGAGAAGCUGGGGAUGUACUUCAUCACAGUGUUAGCCGGCCUGUUUGUCCACGGACUCAUCCUGCUGCCGCUCUUCUACUUUGUAAUCACACGCAAAAACCCCUUCACCUACAUCAGAGGCCUGCUACAGGCUCUGGUCAUCGCCCUGGCAACCUCCUCCAGUUCUGCCACCCUGCCCAUCACCAUGAAGUGUCUGUUGGAGAACUGUGGAGUGGACAGACAGAUCGCCAGGUUUGUCCUUCCAGUGGGAGCCACCAUCAACAUGGAUGGGACAGCCCUCUACGAGGCCGUGGCAGCCAUUUUUAUCGCUCAGGUCAACGAGUACGAACUGGACUUUGGUCAGCUGGUCACCAUCAGUAUCACAGCAACAGCGGCCAGUAUCGGGGCUGCUGGGAUUCCGCAGGCGGGCCUGGUUACCAUGGUGAUCGUCUUGACCUCUGUGGGGCUGCCGCCCGCUGACAUAACACUGAUCGUGGCCAUCGACUGGGUCCUGGAUCGUUUCAGGACCAUGAUCAAUGUGUUGGGAGACGCUCUGGCUGCAGGCAUCAUGUGUCACCUCUGUAAGAAGGACUUUGAAAGGAGGGAGUCAAACGCUAACUCUGCCCGGAGGGACACAGUGAUCUCCUUCGGUGGCCAGAGUGUCCAGAGUUGUGCCCUGUCCGAGGCUCCUCUCAUGGACUAUGCCCAUCGCUGUGACUAUGUCUACGAGGUGGAAGGUGACUGUGUCACAGAGAGAUCUGGCCCCACUUACAACCUGUGUCAAGUUUAG